CCACUUUUUCCUGUGUGGGUGUGUCGAAAGGUCCAGAGUUACUGACUAACACACUAUUAACUCAUCUGUUUCCCUGUGCCAGCACUUUGCAUUUGGCUCCGUUUUACUCCAGUCCUCUCAGGACCAUUGUGCACUUUGACCCAGAGGAUAUCCUGUGCCUCCUCAGCAGUUGGAAGCUUGAGCACAACGAAAGCCAGCAGUCAAAAAGACUUCUAACUUGCCUUACACAUUCGUACUGAGACAGAAGUAGAUUUAAACACUCAACACAUACACACUGGGAUUGCAGAACUGAAGCCGUGACAAUGAUGGAAGAAGUGAAUGAAGUGUCUGUCCUUAGUGUACAUGGUCAUAGCAUCACAGUGACAGAGGCGCUGAAAGAGGGGGAUGCUCUUACCUUUCUGAUUGUGUCUGAGAAGCUGUCUGGGACGGGAGAGUACCCUGUGGACCGGACCUAUGAGGACUUUGAAUGGCUGCAGCAGCACCUGUUCUCCCAGGAAGCUGUUCCUGGGAUACAUGGAGUCAUAUUUCCUCCACUUCCAGCAAAGGCUCAAGUGAAUGCAUCCUCAAAGGUUCUGAAACAGCUGGGUUUCCUUGCUUUGGGAGAGUGGCAGCCGUACUGUAAAGCACUGGAAACGUUCCUCCGGCAGGUUGCUGCACACAGCAUACUCAGCAAAAACAAGGCAGUCGAGGUCUUCUUGACCAGCUCAGACCCUCCAGGAAGACAGAAAGUAAAGAAAAACAUUUUCAACAGACUGAGUCAGGCCGUGGAAGAGAUGAGAAAAGAGAGCCAUAAGGAUGUGGAUGAGUUCUUUCAAACACAACGUGAUCAUAAUCUCACCCUUACUGUCUGUAGCAAGACUGCAGCUGAGAAAUUCCUGGAUGUGGUGCUGACCGAGCAAAAAGUAGCCGUGGCCUGUGGCCACUUCUCUGCUGCUCUGCAUCUCUGUGUGGAACCAGGCGAGGACCCGGACAAGCAGGCCUUCUCUAAGACUUGUGUGAAAUUAUCAGAAGUCUUUGAUUCUAUAAAGAAAAAUAUGAUGAGUGUUGCUGAGAAUGACAUUAGCACCCUUGGAGUUGGCUUGGACUUGGAGUCACGUUACCAGGAGGCAGAAAAGGAAAUGCUCUUUAGGAGAACGUGUAAACUGGUGGAGUUAGAGAACGCCAGGAGGAACGCAGAGAAGGCCAAACCCGUGAAGAAGGCUGCUAUGGAAGAAGUGAAGAAAGCAACAGAGACAGAGUUUAAACACAUCUGUGAAGUGGCCAAACAGGAGGUUCAUAUCUCAUCACCACUGAGGGUUUCAUCUCAUCUGUUCCGACCUGCGAUUGCUCUGCUGGGUGAGGAGGUGGGAGGAGUGGUUUCCAUUUGAAAGAAGGAGACGGAAGGAGAAGGAGAGAUAGAUGGCUGGUCUGCUAAAAAGAUGUGGUGGAGUAGGGGUUUGGCCAUAGACUGUAAAUCAAGAUGGUUGGCGAAACUGCUCCUCAAAAGUGAAGCUAUAGUAAGUAGAGCUCCCCCUGUUGACUGACUGCAUUAUAGGUCAUAAGCUCCAUUUCCACCUUGUUAGUGGAUGGGACUUGGACCAUAAAAACAAUUCAGCAUUUAUUUGUAACUGGUGGAGUUAGAACAGAAUGCAGAAUUAAUUAAGCAAAAAUGCAAGUGAGUCUGGAGGAAGUGUGAGCGACUCAUCGAUAACGCGUCAGCAUGGUUCUGCCCUUGGACUGUACUAGAUGGACUCUGGCUGCAAAGUUGCAAGAUAGUGCCACCCAUAUCGCAUAUCCAAUCGAAAAACAGCACCAGUUCAGCCAAUGCAAAUAAGGAGGGAAGCAUUUGCCAUAUUUAUAUACAGUCUUUGAGUUCGGCCCAUUUUACAACAAAUGGGUGGUAAAUGAACAUUAUACCACAGAAUGCAGAGUACACGUUUUCACUCCACCUAAAGUGGUUGCAUUAAUGAGGGGAAUAAUUCUUGGUAAUGCAUGGCUCAUGCUGUUCUUCCAUUGGGAUUUGCCUGGUCUUUAUUAUCUGCACCUGUACUACCCUUCCUCACCCUCAGGGAGGUGACAGAUCUCAUCAACUGUACAUUUGUAACAAUAUUUGACAGGUGUCUGUGGUCUUGACAACUGUAUAUGCAUAUGCAGUUUAAACAAGUCAAUCUACACUUACAGUAGUGGCUCUGUGAGGCUACAGUUUGAGCUAGAAUACAUAUUCUCAUUUGGAAGAGACCAAAAUACUAAGAGGCUAAUAUUAUACGUUUUACUUUAGCAUGUACUAUAUGUAUGCUAGCAUUUGAGAGGCAAAUCUCAUCUCAUCUCAUCUCAUCUCAUCUCAUCUCAUCUCAUCUCAUCUCAUCUCAUCUCAUCUAAUCUCAUCUCAUCUCAUCUCA